AUGGAAGCAAUGAUUGCUAAUGAGGAAUUCGUAGAAUGGAGUGAAUUCUCGUCGAACCUGUAUGGUACUAGCAAGGCAACUUUCAAGAAUGUAGCAACGUCAGGUUGCAUCUGGUUGCGCAUUGUCGAUAAAAUAGCUGUGAAGAAUAUUCGAGAAACUGAUCACAACGCACUAUUUAUCUGCAUCAAUCCUCCGAGCUAUGAGGUGUUAAGCCAACGUCUACGUGAUAGAAACACAGACACAGAAACUGCUAGAGAAAACCGUUUACAAGAGGCCAAAGAAUCAAUAAAAUUCAGCAAAGAGCCCGGCAUUUAUGAUCACAUUAUCGAAAAUGACCAACUUGAUGUUGCCUAUGAAAAGCUCAAAGAAAUUCUUCGCCCAGAAAUUGAAGCAGUUCUUCAUCAGCAGAAAACGAACGACGACACAAAAUAG